AUGCAACACUUUUGGACAGUACUCAGUACUAAAUUUACUGAAGAACAAAAAAAGUUAUUCGUGAAACUUGUUUGGGGUCGAUCAACAUUACCCAGUCGACAUGAAGAUUUUAUAUCAAAAUUUGUCAUCAAUCCAUUUACAAUUACUAACGGUCCUGUUGAUAGAGCACUUCCACGAGCACAUACAUGCAGUUUUACUUUGAAUUUACCUGACUAA